UUUUGCUCAUUCUCUCCUUGGCAGUCUCUUUCCUGGAGGGCGGCACAGUGAUGAGAGUGACUUGUCCGCCUCACCUGGGUGUCUCAGCAGCAGCUCUACUCCUGGUCUGUGGAGUCUUCACUUUCGACAGUGACAACAAGAAAAAGAUGGACUUUCUUUGCACCCAAAUGUAUUUUGGUAUUCGACGCAGUAAGGAAUGGCCUUGAAGGGUUUUCUUCACCAUGGCGGUGGAUGACUUGGGACACUUGAAAAACACGAGCACUGAGAUGUUUAUUGUGUGGAAGGACAAGGAAAGAAUCGAAGCCGUGUGUUUGUUGUGUACUGUAUCACACAAAACAAUGAAAGCAUGCUCAUCGUCUCCACAAAAUCUUAGUGAGGACUUGGUCCAGCUGAGGCUUGUCUUUGUAGGGGACAAUCUUGACCCACAAGUCUCGACACCGCCGUGGAGGAUCCAGACGCCGGAGCAUCUCCCGUCCAUGGAUUCUGAUCAGAAACAUGUCUACAGUGAAAUAGAACAUGAAAAAUGAAAGGAGCAGUUACUGACCUGACUUCAGCGGCGCCAUCUAUGGCCAUUUUACUGACCGCUCGGAGAUAUCGCUCUGCAACCAUGUUCUCUGCUGUCAAGAUGAACUCCUCACCCACGAUGUCGGCCAGCUGGUGCAGGUGUUUGGCUGUACUGAUUCGCACCGUCGGACACCAGUGACUGCGGGAGGAGGAUGUUUUUUCACGCUGCGUUGAAGCGAGUGCAAAGAAGUGGUUUUACCUGAGUCCGGGGCUGACCAGGGAGCUCAGGACUUUGGCUGGACUGCAGCCCUUCACCAGUGCUUCCAGAGCAAGGUUGACCUGCAGAUGGAUGAGCUUGUUGUUGGUGUGUGCCAGCUUCAUGAGCAGGGUGCGGCCGGUCAUCUCUGCCUCCUGGUCCAUGGCCUUCCCCAGGUGCCGAUGCAGCGCAGCGAUGGUGUUUAUGGCCUCGCAGGCCACUAUGGAGUGAAGUUGCAGUUUCCCCACCUGAGAUAACACUAGUUAAACUCCAUAACAUCACCAUGUGUUCAAGAUGGCAGACGGAACACGAACCUCUUCCCCGAGGACUCGACACACUUGAUGCAGCUUUGCCUGCAGGAUGCCAGGAUGCCGUCUUGCUAGCGCCUUCAUGGUUUUCAGCCCCUGUAGUUUCUUAUUCCUGGAUGACAACAGAAUCGUUUCCUCACCUGCCCGUGGAACCUCGAGCACAUCAUCUCACCAGUCAUCUGAGCUGAGCUGCUGGAAGAAAAGCGCGAGGUUUUGAGAAGGACUUCCAGCUUGCUGGGCCUUCCGAGACCGACUGCCGCCCUUCUGAAACUGGCGGUUCCUUCCGUGACGUGGUCCUCUUUUCUUCGACGGAGCUUCCCCGUAAGCAAGGACGGGCCUGCCACAGUUCUUUGCCUGGUUCUUUUUGGGAGCAUUUGUGGGUUUAAGAGGCGGAUGGUGUUUCAGUGGAAGCCCCUUGUCAUCCCCUGGCCGUUUACCUCCUGUAAAGCAAUCACUUGAGUUUGGUGCUUUGAUAUCGUACAUGUGACUCACUUACUCGUCUUCAUUUGAACUUGAACUGUGUGUUGUGCAGAUGGGGGCGUUCUUGUCGGAGGUUCCGUUUCUUUAGGACUUGCUCUCGGAGAAUCUCCGCCCAGUGCUUUGGCGGUGCAGGUCCUCGAUGCACUGCUGCAGGGUUUUGAGCGCACAUCUGCCCGACUGGGACACGACUCUCCGUCGGCCUCAGUGUUGUCAGGCUCAACCACAGAGUGGUCCGUCACUGCAUCAGCCGCGGGCUCCUCCUGCUGCUGGACGAUCUUGUUGGUGAUUUGGGCACACUUCAUCAACAAGGAGAGACACUUGCUCUCGGUGUCACGGUCCAUAGCUCUGCCCAGGCCUUCGUGGAGCGCAGAAAUCGUGUCUAUCGCCUCACAGGCCACCGUGGAAUGUUUGUUCACCUGCGUUUCAAAUGGACGUGCAAUUAGACAUGCCACUGGUGGAGACCCCAACAAAAGAGCAGACAUCACCUCUUCUCCAAGGACCUGAAAUACUUCAUGCAGCUUGGACUGCAGGAGAUUUGGGUCCUCUCUUGCCAUUGCUUUAAUAUUCCGUAGGCCUUGAAGUUUCUCUUUCCUAAAUGGAGAACCAACAUCACUGAAUUUGGCAAAAAGGUUGGUGCAGGAAGAUCCAGAAGUGAGACAGGAAAUGCAGAUAGUAUUUACAUGGCAGUGACAGCGGGUGUUCUUAAAGAAGAAGCAGGAGUGGUGUUUCAUACCAGUUGUCCGAACGGAGCUGCAGGAAACACUUUGAGAUGCUCUGCGAAGGGUCAGAGAACUCAUCCAGCUCAUUGCUACAAGACCUUCGGACCACCUCCUGGAAUGGAUGGACUUGUAAGGGAUGUGGUGUUCCUCCUUUCGUGGGUGCCGUCGAAGUCAAGGGCGCCACCACAGUGCUCCUUUUCGGAGCCACGGGAGGUUUUGGGAAGGUAUGAGGAACAAGUGGGAAUUCUGUCAGUCUUCCUGCUUCCCCUUCUCCUUCCCCUGCAAACACAGUUGGGUUCAGGACCAAAUUUGUGGACUUGCUUGUUAUGUACUUACAGGAGUUGAACAGGAUUUGUGAGCGACUCCUGCUUAUUGUCUGUGAAGAACACGGUGAUGUGGUUGAGGUUUGCUGGGAGUAAAGAAGCGAGAGGGCUCUCAGCUCACUGGGAGUGUGAGUGUCCACGCUGCUGAGACUUGUAUCGGGCCUCUGGUGGGAAGUCAUGACAGGCUCCCGACUGGUCAUCUGCUGUCUUCCCUCCCUGGCAGGUCUUUUUCUCUUAGCAGCCAUUGGAUGCCAGUGGAAGGUUUGGGUGAUGAUUGGUAGUUCUGAAGAACCCCUGGCAUCAGUGUCGUCUUUUUUUCCUUCGAUCAAGAGAAUGUAAGCUGCGGUUACCGUCGCAAAGAACUGAGGAGUGACUUACUCAGGUUCGAAUGGAUUCGGGCGCUCCUUGUUGAUGAAGCUAGUGUUGGAGAUGAGCAAGCCGUUUUUGGAGACAUUGGAGUUGCUCUUGAAGAAGAAAUCGUCGAUUGUGCCAUCAACUCAUUGAUCAGCAAGGUGUCGAGAGGUUGAGGGCUGGUUUCUGAGAUGGCUUUCAUCGUGGCCAGCUCACUGGCUGCCAUUCUCAGUGGACCUUCAGUGGGCAACUUCUCCUUUUGUUUCUCCAUGGCAUUAGAGCAUUGCCUCCUCAGGACCCGGAGCCUCGUGUCCAGGUUGUGAGGAGGGUACCUACCGAUCAAACCUGAUGGAUGCGGCGAGACACGCCAGUGCAUCGCGUACCCGGAUGCUUUCUGCACAAAGUCCUCAUAAGUCUUCCGGACACUUGACACUAUUUCCUGACGUCUCAGAUGCGAGGCCCGUUCAGUCCUUCGGAUUCUGAGGAGUUCCAGAAUUCUCUGCUUGUCGAGUCCAUGACAUUGACUCCCCAGCUGCCAAAUGAUUGAAAAUAGUUCAACUACAUUUGAAUUGUCUUUAUUAUUUUGAAGACUUUACAACCUACCUCAGCUCUGAUGCCACCUCCACUGUCCAUGUUGAGUUCAUCCACUGGACCAUCACUGACACCACUCCGCAUUGACCAAGGAAUGAUCCAGGAGGUCACUACCCGGACAGGCCACCUGCGGGUCUGAACGCUGAAGCCCCUUGAGCACACGUUAUGUAUCCAAGAGGCUUGGUUGCCUCAUGGUCGUGGCUUUUUUCACAAUGCCAUUGAUUGCUUUGAAACUUCAUCUGCAGAAGCCAGAUGGCUGUAUGACACUCCACCACGGUGAGAACACAGGAAUGCCUUGGCUUUUAAUAUGAAACAGUUGGCAGAGGAUUCAGUCAUCCUUGACUAUGGGUCCAAAAUCCAUGAGCUGAUAUACUUACUUCUGAUCUUAUCCAAUAUUCUCCUCUACCCCUCCUGCACUCUCUUCUUCACAUCCCCUCAUCUCUGUCUGUUCCAGAACCUGUUUAGGAUCUCCGAACCCUGUCCUCUUUUGGAAAACGGAUGAAGCUGCCUGUCUCGUAUGGUUUCAUCAGCAGGUUGUGUCUCUCAACUGAGGCACAAGGACCGGAUUGUUACCCCUUCAUUAUGCUUCUGUUAAGAGUCUAAAUACAAAGAUUCUCAUUACACGAUGGUUUUAUUGAGGGUGCAAACACGACGAUGAGUUUGUGCUACUACGAUGUCAGAAGGCCUGACGUUGUUUGGAGCAUGAGCCACCAGGUGUCAAAUCCCAGAUCAAAGGUCUGAGGAGCCCUGACUCACCAGCACUGUAAAGAAGUGAAAAGCGUUCCCUGAAGAAUCUGUUGAAGAUGUCGGUGAAUACACAAUUCAGCAGGCUGUCGUGCUCAGAGGAGUAUUUACACUGCAGCCACAGUCAGUUGGAGGGCUUGGCCCUUUUUCCUUCCUCUGAGGCGGUGGUGUCCUCCCUUGGAGAGCUUCCCUCUUAUCUCAAAAGGCUUCCGUCUUCCUUGAUACCCCAGCCUCCUCUGUCUAGAUCAACAAAUGCAUCUCCUUCUCGAACCCCCAAAUCACGGAAGAAAGAUGAAAACAAGGUUCACCCAAAGCCAAAUCCAAUGACGGCAACAUUUUCUCCUCCACGAUGUCAGUCCCCAAAGAAAAGUGAAUCUCUGACAGACAGAGCGGAUUUCCGACCUGCCGUGCCUUUAGCCAGGGGAAUUUCUCGAAUCCCGUAUUUAUCAAGAUCGAAGGACAUAAAGGUGACUCAAAGUCUGGAGGAACAGUGCACCAUCUCAGAUCUUCCCAGAUCCUCCUACUAUGCCGUCUCUGUUCCAACAUCACCUCAGCUGUCAUUGACUUCUUCUUCUCAAAAAGUAUCGGUGGCUUCAAGCGAGUGCAUAAAACCCAGGAAGCUGAGAGAACCUUCACUUGUCACCAGUCUUCCCCCUCAUUGCUCAGUGGAAUCGAAGCGAAGCCCAUCCAAGAUCCCUCGUGCUUCUCCGUCGAUCAGUAGACUUUCCCGAUUUCGUCUGCUCCCGGGAGAAUCUGAGAGAAGAAAGACUGAGCCCACAAAGCACAGAGAAAACUCUCAGAAGAGAAGGACCAGCUCUGCCAGUCCUUCACCAUCAAGCAAGCUGUGGAACAUGGCGACAUUUCACAUUCGGAGAGAAGACCCAGCUCUCUCCAGAUCCAGCUUGUCUCCGACGGCUGUAUCACUACCUCUAGCAACGUCCGGGUGGAUGUCAGAUCUGGACACGCCGUUCUGUGGGAAUACUGUGACCGCAGAGAUCAAAUCUCGGCCGAAGAGAGCUGUGAGGUCUUCAAGCUCAAAGAGGCUGUUGGGAACAUUUACCAAGUCAAGUGAGCUUUUGUUGAUAAAGUUAAUGCUGUUUAAGCUUCCACAAAUGUGUUGUUAUCUUUCAGAAGGCAACGAUGCAGGAGAUGAGUCUGGAAUGCUGGAAGAGGUAUCACUGCAGCCACAGAUGACCAAGAGUGGGACAUUAAGCAGGACUCCAGGGAAAGGGCUUCUGCCUCAUAUCAGAGCUGAGACAACUUCAAUAGAAACACCAUCUUCUCCAAGGAUGUUGCCAUCUCCAGAGAAGGGUGCUGUUCAUCCAAGGGUGUGUGCAUUUUCUCCAAUGGUUCCUCCGCUUAUAUCCUACAGCUGUCUUCAAGAAGAGUCACAGACUCCAGCUUUGUCAUCUUCAAAGUCCGCCCCAUCUUCUUUCAUGCCAGCAGUGACGUUUCCCAGAACGGCUCCCACUUCUACCCUUACAGCUGCGUCUUCUCUCAUUUGUGCUCCUCCUUCCCCUGGAGGCGCUCCACUCGGCUCCCCUCCGACCUCUCCCAGGUCAUUCAGUACAGCUCCAUCAUCCUCAAUAACCUCCCCAUAUUCCCCUGCUGCCACACCGCAUCGGACCCGUUCGCCAAUCCUGACUGCCUCAGUUGCAGGAGUGGCAGAAGCCAUCGACCAGGAGGGACAACUACUAGUUCCCAUUCCUCCAACUAAAGAACCUCUGGCCUCCAAUGCCCCACUGAGAAGAGAAGGACCUCUGUUUGGACGGAACCUUCGAUUCCCACAUGGUGGCAAUGGCUCAUGCGCCAAAGACCCUGCUGAAAACAUGUCCCACCUCUACCAUCAGCUCCGCACUGACAACUGGAAUGUGAGACUGAUGGGGUUGAAGGGCAUCCAAACUUUGGCAUGGCACAAUCCGCAUUACCUGCAACCGGAACUGGAGGAAGUCUGUAAAGUCCUGGCAGACGAGGUGAACAACCUGUGUCCCUUGGCAUGUGAAGCCAUUGACACCAUGGCUUCUCUCUGUCUGCACCUCGGUAAAGCAAUGGAUGGCACAGCGGGCAGAAUGUGUCUGGAUGUGCUCCUCAAGCUUUCUCAGACCACCAACAAGUUCAUUCUUCAGAAGGACGUGUCCUUUCAGGAACUGCUGGUGGAUCCCAGUGUGGAGGGGACAUUGUCAAGAGAGAAAAACGGUUUCACAGAGCCAGUCUCAGAGCUCAUCUCCAGUGAUCGGAGAGCAGAGGCUCUCCCUCUCAUAGAUCCCGUGUCCUGCCGUGUUCCGGAGAGUCUAGAUGGCGACAGUGGAGGGAAUUUUCUUGAAUAUUCUGCCCACCCUGAUCCUCACCUGCCUGUAGACCUCCAAAGGAACAAGACAGCAGAGUCUGACAUUGUGUUGACGACAACCUCCAGCUCUGAUCAAGACGUUGCCACUAAUCUCUAUGUCUUCUUUCGGCACAUCCGCUCAGACCAGUGGAGUGAGAAACUCAAAGGUCUGAGGUCUCUUCAAGCAGCUGCUCACCUGGACUCUGAUCUCUUGCAGUCACGGCUGCUUGAAGUCUUCCGCAUCCUUGAAGAAGAGGUGAACAGCCAACACUGCAUCGUGGUCUGUGAAGCCAUCAACACCCUCGCUGUGCUCCACCUUCACCUGGCUAAGGCCAUGACCUACGAGGAAGUGCAGACCUGUCUUUCCUUGCUGCUGAAGUACGCACAGAUGACCAACAAGUUCAUCUACCAGCGAGAGCACUUUGUUUUCGACAUCCUGAUGGACCCCUCUUUUGAGGAGAAGUUGCGUGAGGGGAGUCAACUCGCCGUGGCUGCUUGCCAAGAGGCAGAAGUGAACACGGUUUGCGUGAGUCCAGGCGACGGCACUGAAGCUGUCCCCCACAGGAGUAAAGGAAGGUCCACAUUCACCAUCAAAGAAGCUUCAGUCUGUCCUGGACUCCCCCUGUCAGCCAGGGGUCUGAUCCUGAUCUAGUCCGGGUCUGGCUCAGUCGCCGUGUAUAUGAAGGCUGCCAAUGAACUGGGCAAGGUAGUCCGUCACCUCCUGACAGCUGACCUGGGCCAAGAAAGGUGAGAUUCAUAACUCCAUUCCUCCAUCUAUCACCAUUAUCCUAUGACUUGUGUUGUGACCGAGCUGCUCUGAGUUCAGAUGUUCUCCUCCUGCUGGUUUCCUCUGGGCACUCUGGUUUCCUCCCAAAGGGUUAACUGAUGACAUUUCACCGAGUGUGAGUGCUAAUCUCUCAGGAGACCUGUCCACUGUGUCUCCUGCUUCUCACCUCCUGUAGCUGGGAGCAAGACACACAGAUGACUGAAUUAACUGUCCGAAACUAGUUUACUUUGACUGAAAUUGUUUUGAUGAGGAAUUGGUGCCACACAGGCAGAAUUACUGUCACGACCGUCGCACGGAAACAUCCCAGUUUCUGAAUAAUUUGGACUCGUAUGUGGAUCUUAAAUGGCCCAGGAGUGAUCUGAAUUAUUGUCGAUGUAGCGGGUGGAACAAGCCUGAAGCCAGUCUGAAGUUGCGCUCAGUGGAGCAGGCUUCGUUGCUGUGACACCGCAGCACUGAGCAGACUCUACCCAUCCACUCGAGUCACUUACUCCUCUCCUUCUCUGGAAGUCGUAAUGAGCCUUGUCAACUUCACUUGUGAACUGGUUAAACUUCGCCCUCCCGCCGCCCCUCCCCCCGGCAGCCAGCAGGUGUCUGCAUGAGCAAGAGAAAAUAGGACCUCUGUUCUCCACUGUGCCGGGAAAUGAGCUGGAAAAUGAGGGGCGGAGAACCACGCCCCCUUCUCAGGACCCGCUGCACUCCUCCUGGGCCCGUCGCUGUCUCGGUCCCCCUCCGUGGUUGGUGUUUGAAUACAGCUGCGAUGUUUUGAAUUUAGUAGCCGCCUUAAACAGGCGGGCGAUCUGUCACGGUGACCCGUCGUCACCUCCCUCCUCCAUCACACUGUCCGUCCACCCCGACCUGACCUCACUUGACCAGGGCACUGACUCCUUCAUUCUCUCUCAAGCUGCUUCCUCUCCAUUCCCUCUUCAUGUAAGAGCUGCGGAUGAGAGGAGGCAGGAGCGAAGCCUCGAAGCUCCGCUCGUCACAAAUCUCAAUCUUCACCUCAGAACCAGCAACAAACUAGUCAUCCUCUCUUAAUGCUCCUGUUGUUGGCAUCAGCAGCAGUAGUUGAGGAACUUCUACUGCCUCUACUGCAACUACUGAUACUUUUUUAAACUACCGCAAACAAUUGCUCCUGCUACACUAUUGUAACUAAUACCACUGAUACUUGUAAUAUUGUCACUAAUACUUCUGCUACUACUUGUAGUACCAUGCACUACUGCUACUACUGUUUUUUCUUCUGCGACCAAUGCUAUUUGCACGGAUGCUACUGCAUUUACUAAUAUUACUAGUACUCUUCUUCUCACUACUAAUACUACUAAUACUACUAUUACUAGUACUACUAUCACUACUAUCACUACACUACAACCAGUACUUCCACCACUUCCAUAAUGUUGACUGCUAUAACGAUUCUAAAACUGUAUAGUACUAGUAUGACCAUAAUAGUACUGGUACUACUUCAACUGCUGCUGAUACCAUUGGUCUCUAUUACUCAUAAUAACUUUUUGGUAUCUACCAAUUUAAAGAACACAAUAAUCGUCAUCAAACUUCAAACUGUGCUAUGACUUACAAGUAUUUUAUGUCAGACAUAUUAUACUUAACUUCUCUAAUGGCCAGUACUUCGUACCUCAUUUGGUACUGCCUUGAUUAAGUCCGGUUCCUAUAUAGAUUAAGUUUGCAGUUUUUCAAUGCUUUCAUUUCAAGAAUUGCCAUCACUGAAAUCUGAGGGCGUCAUGGACUGUGUUUACUACUAGUACUCCUGCAACAUCGGUCACAGUAACAGCUGCUAAGUAAACCGAGUCAACUUCAGAGGUUUGAGUUGCUCUUCACGUACUGCUUCUGCUGCAGCAGAGUGAAGUGAUUAAUGCUGAGUAUGAAUUAUUGAUGCUCCACUUGGGUCACAUGACCACAGCACGUCCAUUUAACUCUCAUUUGAAACGUGAGUCUCCAUUGAAAGUGUAAAACGUGUGAAAGCCACCUGUAAUGACUGUGUCAAAUACAAUCUGUAUCCUCGCUGGAGGGAGUGCGACCCCUUUGUGACACCGGCCGCGGGCUCCCGGGGGAGCGUGUGAGAAGUGUGUGCGUGCGUGUGUGUGUGUGGGGCAGCAGGCAGAAGGCCAGAGGCUGCUGUCUGACACAGAUUUGUAAAGAGAGACAAUACGGCUCAUUGACCUGCUGGGCUCCACUGUCUGUUGCACAUACCUCGACCGGCCCUCCCCGCUGGCCCUGCGCUCUUUAAACACGAGCAGCAGAUUGCCUGGAGGCCUGGGAGGAGCCCCGACGUUGCUUUGACAAUGAGCAUCCUCUGAGAGGACCGGCGGCCAGGCCCGAGCCCAAACUUUGAUCUGUGAUGGAUCAGGGGAUUCGUCUUCUGUCUUCACCUGAGGAGCCCCGAGAUGUUCCUCGGCAGGACCUAACCUUUACAUCGUGCUCCAUCACCGGUUCUCCACUACUUUUACAGUUUAUAUUUACUGAUUAUCAGGUUCAUAUUUCAUGUUCCAGCAGAACAGUAGUGAUCAGAUAUAUUCCAGGAAGGUCUCAGGCUUGACCCCAUUGCUCAUUUAGAGUUGGCUGAGGGGGGUUCCUCUGGAAACUCUGAUGGUUUACUGAACUUCUGAUCAAAAUGAGACACAAAAGUUGAGUGAAGUUGUCUAGCAGGAGAGGAAUGUGAAGGAUGACUGCUGCAGUGCUGUACAGUCUUUUAUCAUAAUAAUUUAUCAUUCAAGCUCUAAUCUGUGUCACAACUUUUUUAACUUAUUAUUGUCAAAAUUACAAUGUUAUGAUUUUGUGUGUUGAAACAUUGUCAUUCAUUCAUUCAUUCAUUUCAUUUCAAAUGAACAUUUUAAUGUCAAGAAUGUGGAUAAAUAUUAAAGUAAUACCAGUUAAGUAUUUUUAAACGGAAUUGUUUUUUGGCCUGUACAUGAUUUUAUAUUUAAAAGUCAAUCAGAAGUUUGGCAAAUAUUCAGGAGGUUUUGAUUCCCACUCGUGUGUCCCUCAGCGCUGCGGGUCUGUAACUCGGGUCGUAAACAAACACCCUCCUCCUAUUGUCUUUCAUUCCCAUUGUCAGAGUUUGGAGAUGACCUUUUCUCUCUUCGCACUCUUUUCUUUUCCUCUUUUCUCUCUUUCAGUGUCGAGCACAAGCUGUUGCUGCGUCCCUGCGGGCCCCUCCCUCUCUUGUCUGCCGCCCCCCGCCCCUCGCAUUCUCCCACCUGUUGAAUUCAUUAUUAUUCCUGCCUGUCCGUCACCCGGGUCUCCGCCUUUCCAUCACGCCCCCUUCCUCGGGGUAUAAGACCUGAGCGGGGCAGUGAGGUGUGAGUUGAGACUUGGACUUAAAGCGCUGCACGAAUGGACAUGCCGGUGUCUCUGUGGUGCACUGAGGUGGAGGAGACGGAGCUGCUCUGCACUCCGGGGACCACAGCGCCGUCAGGGGGCCACGGUGGAUCUGUCAAAGCGGCCUUCGACCCCACAAUGUCAGGACACCGUGUGAUCCAGAGUCUCCUCCAC